CAAUACAUAUAAAUUAUACAUACAUAUAUAAUUAUAUAAAUCAUUGUGUGUGAAAUUAUGGGUUUGUGUAUAAUGGGAAUAGAGCGGCGUACGAUGUUGGGAUAAAUUAGUGUUUGACUAAAAUAAUCCGGGGGUGAAGAGAGAGAAAGAGAGAGGAAAAUGGUGUGGCAAUGAUGAGAGAGAAUGGCACUAGUGGGCGCAGGAUAAGCACGUGGGCGUGGCCUUUCUGUGAUUGCUCGCACGCUGUCAUUAGUUCUUAAAAACAAUUUCUCUUCUAAGUCACGAAAACAAAACGUCACAGUUUUCCAUUUCAUCUCUGAUUUUCCUGCAAAUGAUUGGCAAUUUUCCAGGGAACCAAACAAGCUUAAAAAUUUCUCAGGAAAUGGGUGUUGUUGAUUGUGAUCUCUAGUUGGUUGGUGAAUUUCCUUUGGCCUGUGGUUUGCUAAAAAGUGAAGUUUUUAUCAGUUUGUGAGUUGCGUUUUGUUUGGUUGUGGCAUGGUGAGGCUUAUCUGAGACAUAGAUAACCUAAGUAGGAAGAAAAAUUCAGAGAUGAAGUUUAUGAAACUCGGUUCUCGGCCAGAUACUUUCUAUACUACUGAGGCUGUUAGGUCAGUUUCCUCAGAGGUGUCUAGUGAUCUCAUAGUUCAAGUGAAAGGAAGUAGAUAUUUGCUUCACAAGUUUCCUUUGCUCUCCAAGUGUUUGCGCCUCCAGAAGCUGUGUUCUGAGUCUCCCGACUCCUCAAACCACCAAAUAGUCCAACUCCCCGACUUCCCCGGCGGGGUCGAGGCGUUUGAAUUGUGUGCAAAGUUCUGCUAUGGCAUCACAAUCACUCUCAGUGCCUACAACAUUGUCACGGCUCGAUGCGCAGCCGAGUACCUCCAGAUGACUGAGGAUGUUGAGAAGGGGAACCUGGUAUACAAGAUUGAAGUGUUCUUCAAUUCUUGCAUACUACAUGGGUGGAAGGACACUAUAGUGACCCUACAAAGCACCAAAGUGUUCCCUAUGUGGGCAGAGGACCUUAGCAUCGCAAGCAGAUGCAUAGAAGCAAUUACCUCAAAAGUCCUAGCCCACCCCUCAAAAGUGAGCCUCUCACACAGUUAUUCGCGGAGGGGUCGGGACGAUGUAUCGUGUAAUGGAGGAGAGAGCCAGAGAAUCAAACCUGUGACAAAAGGAUGGUGGGCUGAAGAAAUAGCAGAAUUGGGCAUAGACCUCUAUUGGAGGGUUAUGAUAGCAAUUAAGUCUGGUGGGAGGGUACCCUCAAAUCUCAUAGGCGAUGCAUUGAGGACUUAUGCAUCAAGAUGGCUACCCAAAAUAUCAAGAGACAAAAAUGUUAGUAAGCAAGUAGAAUCAGACACAGAGUCGGAUUCAAUUGGGGAGUUCACUUCAAAGAAAACGGUGCUCUUGGAAUCAAUAGUGAGCUUAUUACCGGCCGAGAAAGGUGCGGUGUCUUGUAGUUUCUUGCUUAAGCUCUUGAAGGCAGCCAAUAUACUUAAUGCUUCUUCUUCUUCUAAGAUGGAGUUGGCUAGAAAGGUUGGGAUUCAGUUGGAGGAAGCAACAGUUAGUGAUCUGCUAAUACCCUCUUUAUCUUACACAAAUGACACACUCUAUGACAUAGACAUAGUCAUGACCAUAUUGGAGCAGUUCAUGUUACAAGGGCAGAGUCCCCCUACUAGUCCUCCAAGAGCUAAGGGGAGUUUCGAAAGGAGAAGGUCUCGCUCCGCGGACAAUGUUGAUUUUGAGUUUCAGGAGAGCAGGAGGUCUUCCUCGGCGUCACAUAGCUCAAAAUUGAAGGUAGCAAAGCUUGUAGAUGGGUAUCUUCAAGAGAUAGCCCGGGACAUGAAUCUGCCUCUGUCAAAGUUUAUUGCUAUAGCAGAGGUGGUUCCUGAUUUUGCAAGGCUCGACCAUGAUGAUCUAUACCGCGCAAUUGACAUUUAUCUCAAGGCACACCCGAGCCUGAAUAAGAGUGAAAGAAAACAUUUGUGCCGAACUCUAGACUGCAAAAAAUUAUCAAUGGAAGCCUGCAUGCACGCAGCACAAAACGAGCUACUCCCUCUAAGGGUAGUGGUGCAAGUCCUCUUCUUUGAGCAAGCUCGAGUUGCUAUGUCCGGUGGCCAAGUCACGGAGCUGCCUAGCAACAUCAAGGCACUUCUAGCCGCGCACAAUGACCCAUCAAGGAUUCCAGCUUCGUUAAGCACAAACGCAACUACUCCAGCAGACGACCAGUGGAGCGUCUCGGGCCUCAAAUCACCAAAGUCAAAGCUAUCAACCUUAAGGAUGAAAUUGGCCGAAGAUGAUGACUUGGAGGAAAAUUUCGCAGAAGGAAUUGGGAAAUCCUCAAAAAUUAAGGCUCUUUGUUCGAUUCCAACUCGACCCAAAAGGAUGUUGAGCAAGUUGUGGUCCAUCAAUAGAAGUGCAAGCGAAAAGAACUGAGAGACUUGUGUUAAUUUUCGGGUUGGGAAUGGUAUUUUUAAUGGCAAUUAUACUCUACUUUUUUGUUCUGUUCUUGCAAAAUGCCUUGUAAUUUUUUGGGAAAAAGAUCACUAUGCAUUGUUGGUGUAAUCUAUGUUAAUAAGUAACAAGUUUUUGGAGACAUGAGAGGAGGAGGGAAAAAAAAAAAUCUCUCUGUGGUACCCUCAUUUUGUGGAAAUUGGAAUAGGACCCUUAGUUGUAAUUUGACUAAAUGGGGGACCAAAAUUGUUGUGUUUGUCUAUAGAUCUGUUAACAGUUAGUACCUGUCUU